GCGCAGAAAGUUUAAGGUGUCGGCUUUCCGGUUUCUCUCCAUAACCUGAUUCUCGCUGCCCAUAUUCUCUAAGCUCUCCCCCAUCGAUUGCUAGACGGGCCAUCAUGGAUACCGGAGAGAUCACGGAAAAAGCCGUCAACAAGAGCGAAAGCCCUACCAGUGUGGAGCACGCGGAGAAGCCGCACCAGCGACACGAUGUCCUCGAUAUCGAAGGCCGCUCGGGUGGUCUCAAUGCAGUGUUCGAGAACCCCCUGGCAGGUAUUCCGCGGGAGCAGCUCCUCGCCGACGUGGAGAGCUUUUGUCGCGAAUACGGUCUGGAAGAACACCUCGAUGACUUUCGCAAGGGUGCCCUAAUCUCGCAGAACCCACAGGCCGCAUUGGAUCUUCCUGAGCUCACGGAGGAAGACAAAGAGGUCAUCCGUCGGGAACAGACUCACAAAUGGUCGCAGCCCUGGCAGCUUUACUUUAUGGCCUCGAUGUGCUCCCUCGCGGCCGCAGUGCAAGGAAUGGACGAGACCGUCAACAACGGCGCCCAAGCAAUCUACCUCAGCCAACUAGGAAUCACAUCCCCUCGCUUCUCCGAAACCAUGCAAGACUACCUCACUGGCCUCGUCGUCGGCGCGCCCUAUCUCGCCUGCGCCAUCAUCGGCUGCUGGCUCACCGAGCCCUUGAACCGCUACCUCGCCCGGCGCGGCACCAUCUUCCUCUCCUGCUUCAUCGCGGCCGUCGCCUCCAUCUGGGAAGGCGUGGCCAACUCCUGGGUGAACCUGUUCAUCGCGCGCUUCGUGCUCGGUCUUGGCAUCGGUUCCAAGUCCUCCACCGUCCCCGUCUACGCCGCCGAAUGCUCCCCCGCCCCCAUCCGCGGCGCCCUCGUCAUGAUGUGGCAAAUGUGGACAGCCUUUGGUAUCAUGCUCGGCAAUAUCAUGGGCGUCGCCUUCAUGGGCCUCUCCAAAGACCUCUCCUGGCGCCUCAUGCUCGGCUCCACCGUCGUUCUCCCGCUCUUCGUCUGCGCCCAAGUCUACUUCUGCCCCGAAUCCCCCCGCUGGCUCAUCCAACAAAACCGCAUCCCCCAAGCCUUCACCUCCUUCCGCACCCUCCGUCCCACCUCCCUCCAAGCCGCACGGGACCUGUACUACGCUUACAUCCAAGUCCAACUCGAGCGGAAAGUCAACACCGGCAAAAACUUCUUCUCCAUGUUCCUCGAACUCUUCACCAUCCCCCGCAACCGUCGCGCCACUCUAGCCACCUGGAUCGUCAUGUUUCUCCAGCAAUUCUGCGGGGUGAACGUGAUCGCAUACUACAGCACCACGAUCUUCGAAAAUUCCGGUUAUAGCACGCAGCAAGCCCUCUUGGCAUCCAUGGGAACCGGGAUCCUGAACUGGGUCUUCGCCCUGCCUGCAUUCUUCACAAUCGACACCUGGGGCCGUCGAAACCUCCUCCUCUUCACCUUUCCCUUUCUCGCCAUCUUCCUCCUCUGGUCGGGCUUCUCCUUCUGGAUCGAUCCGGAGGACAGUACCAGUAAAAAGCGCGUCGCGAUGGUCACGACGGGAAUGUAUCUCUUCGAAGUGUUUUACUCGCCCGGCGAGGGUCCCGUGCCGUUUACGUACUCGGCAGAAGCAUUCCCUCUGCAGGUACGGGAGGUAGGAAUGUCCUGGGCGACGGCAACAACCUGGUGCUUUAACUUCAUCUUAUCAUUCACGUGGCCGUUGCUGCUACGCGCAUUUAAACCCCAAGGUGCAUUCGGGUGGUAUGCGGCAUGGUGUGUGAUUGGGUGGUUCUUGGUGUUGUUGUUUGUGCCGGAGACGAAGGAACUUACAUUGGAAGAACUCGACCAAGUCUUCUCCGUGUCGACGCGCAAACACGCCGCCUAUCAGUUGAGGAACGCGGCGUGGCAUUUCCGGGUGUGGAUUCUCAGGCAGAAGUUGGAGCCCUUGCCGAAGUUCUAUGAACAUGCCGAGGAACUGGCGGAGGGGGGUGCCGAGGGGACGGGGAGGAAGUAGUGUGCUUUUGAUGGUGAUGAGCAGGAGGGUGUGUUGUAGGUAGGGGUGGAAGGUAUAGAGGAUAUUAGGGGGGAAUUGUGGUAAUGUUGGUAAUG